AUGGGUAGCGAUUCUAAGCAGGCCGGUCCACCAAAGUUCCAGUUCUACAACUCCGAGACUGGCGAGCUCUUGGGACGAAAUGGCGCUUCUUGGCUCAAGAUCACCGUUUUCUACAUCGCCUACUUCACCUUCCUCGCCGGUCUUUUCAUGGCUUCCAUCUCCGUCAUGAAGACCACCGUCAACGACGACAAGCCACGACUUCAGACCCGUCUCCAGAUCCCUGGCCUCCACGCUCUCCCCAAGCUCAGCCCAAUGAACGACGCCCAGUCCGCUCGUCUCUCCGACAACGGCGGCGUUGCCAUCAAGUACGACCCCAACAACGCUGAUGACUACUCCAUCUACACCGGCAUCCUCGACGAGAUCAAGGCCGAGUAUUCCGGCGAAGCUGACACUCCAUUCGACGUCAACUCUCUUGGCGCAUGCGGAAGCGGCAACUACGGUUAUGAUACCGCCUCUCCUUGCGUCUGGAUCCGACUCAACAAGGUCAUCGACUGGACCCCCGUCGGCUACUUCGCCCCCACCGAAGCGCAAGGUUUCACCGCCGCUUCCCUCAACAGCCGAAUGGAGAAGGAUGCCGUCUACGUCCGAUGCGAAUCCAAAGAAGUCGAAUCUGAGGACCGAGACGUCGCCAGCUUCGAAUACUUUGGUGGUACUGAUGGCAACCUCGAGUCCAAAUACUACCCCUUUACUGGCAAGAAGGCCCAGCCCAACUACGAACAGCCAAUUGUCGCCGUCAGGAUCAAUGGCCUCAAACCUGGAGUUAACACUCGAAUCUACUGCCGAGCUUUCGCCAAGAACAUCCCCAUUGAUGACCGAGACAACCUUGGAUCCAUCACCUUCGAGGUCACUCAGGGCACCGCCGAGUAA